AUGAAGUAUAGCACCUAUCUCAAUUUCUCGCAGGGCCUACGACCCACACCCCUGGGAUGUCUGGAGGAUCGUCUGUGGUAUACAUUCAUCAUCGCCAGUCUCACGGUUCUCACAGCCGGAUUCACGACUGUCCUUGUGGUGCGUCUGAUACUCUGGAUUUACUACAAAAUCCAACUUCCCAAAUGCGAAAGGCACCGAGAGACUUGGCGUGGUCGCAAGGCGAAGACUCACACCCUCACCCAUCGACCCAGCAUCGGAGCGAUUGGAACCCAGUUAAAGGAAUGCCUGGGAGACUCCCUCUCUGGUCAGCGAAUAAGCGGUCGCAUCAUUCACAUAGCUGUCUUCACUUUGAACGUGGCAGCUUUCAUUAUCUACUCGCUGGACGCCACCCAGUUGCACUACGAACCGGGUCGUCAAGGUCUGGAAAUCUGCGUGUCUAUUUAUGCCGAUCCCUUCCAGAAGGUGGAUUUCCUCUUCAACGUGAUAUUCCUCUGUUACUUCCUCAUUCGAUUCAUCGUUUCAGAUGAUAGACUCCUCUUCUGGUUCGAGCUCUACUCCCUCGUUGAUAUAUUUACCAUUCCACCCGCCUUCCUCUCCCUCUACCUCGGCCGCAAUUGGCUCGGUCUUCGGUUUGUCCGAUGUCUCAGCAUCCUCAGCCUAACUGACGUUCUACAGUACUUAAAUAUUAUUAAAUCUAGCACAGCAAUUCGGCUCUCCUAUCUGGUGACUUUUUUCGCAGGGUUUGUCAUCUCUGCGGCGGGAUUUAUACACCUAGUAGAGAAUUCUGGUGAUCCACCGAUGUACCUAAAUCAACAGAACUUCACCUACUUCGAAUGUCUCUACCUGACUAUUGUGACAAUGACCACAGUGGGCUACGGCGAUCUGACAUGUCAAACUACCACGGGUCGCGCUUUCAUGGUGGUGUUCAUUUUGGGCGCAUUGGCGGUCUUCGCAAACGCGGUGCCGGAGAUAGCGGACAUAUUGGACUCGAGAACCAAGUAUGGUGGCACCUAUGUGACACGCUUGGGCAAACCGCACCUCAUCCUCUGUGGCCAUAUCACCUUUACCAGUGUGAAGAACUUUCUCUCUGACUUCCUGCACAAGGAUCGAGAGAAUGUAGUCACUCAAAUUGUCAUUUUGGAUCAAAAGGCGCCAAAUUUGGAGAUGGAAGGCCUGUUGAAGCGAUAUGAAAACCAAGUGCACUACUUCCAGGUAGAUUCCUUUGUUAUGCUGUCCCUAGAUUUCUAA